UCCGGCUACUUGACUAUGAGAGCUGUGGGGGGAAGAAGGAGGAUAUUCGUGGUAAUGUUUGAAUUGUAUUAGUGUGACAGCCUUCGGGGUUCAAACGAGACAUCAGGGAACAUCUGGGAAGGAUGAAUCCAUGUGAACAGGGCGGUCUGACAUAUCUGCACCCCACCUUCCACACACACCUGAGCUCUGUGUAAAGACCUGAGGAGGACAUGAUACCAGAUCCCACAGCUGCAUCCAGGUCCUCACAGCACAAUAAGAACACUCAUGAUGAGGCAAACUCCUCGGGGCCUGUCAAUCAUUCCGAGGAUGAGUCUGGGAAUGAGAACAGACACAAGAGUGUGAGGCGAAGGAAGAGAGCACACAACGGCUCAGAGAAUGUCAAACGCAAAAGUGCCAAAGCCGGCCGCAGCAGUGUUAGAAGAGCAGGAGGCAGCCAUGGUAAACAGAGGCAUGUGGAGGCCGUCACCCUGUUCGAGGUGGUCACCAUGGGCAGGAGCGCCAUGCAGGCGGUGAUCGAUGAUUGGCUUGAGGCUUACGUGGCGAACAGAGACUCCUCUCUCCUCGAUCUCAUCAGCUUCUUCAUCCAGUGCUCUGGGUGCAAAGGUGUGGUCACAGCAGAGAUGUGUCAGAGCAAAGAGGACAGUGAAGUCAUGAGUAAGAUGGUGGAGGAGCUGGAUGAGGUCACUGGUCUGCAGUAUAAGAAGUUUCUGGCCUUUCCAUGGAUCCUCACAGUCACGUGGCCCAUGGACACAGAUAGCGUGGAGUAUCCUCUGAUACAGCCUGGACCGUACGGUCGAUGGUUCCACUCCGAGUUCUGUGACUUUGUGUCGGUGCUGGUGGCUCAGUGUCAGCACAGCGUCAUAUUUGACAGUUACCUUAUGAACACCCUCAUCUCACUGCUCACCGAACUGUCCAACUCUUAUGUACGGGCUUUCAGACACACCUGCACACUAGCAGCGGUGAAGCUGCUGAGCUCUCUGGCGGGCGUGGCUCUAAGCCUGAGCGUUAGCAUUGAAAACAGUCAAAAACUGUAUGAGGUGCAGAAGACAAAGACGAUGAGACAGAAAAGCACACUGCAACUGGAGAGAAUACAGAAGAAGAUCACAGAGCUGCAGGAGAAGAGGGCGGAGAUAGAGAGCAUGAUGGACAUCAUCUUCAAAGGAGUUUUUCUGAAAAGAUACCGUGAUGUGCUUCCAGAAAUCCGCUCUAUCUGUAUGGAGGAGUUGGGUUUGUGGAUGAAGCUCUACAGUUCUGCGUUUCUCAAUGAUAGCUAUCUCAAAUACAUGGGCUGGAUGAUGCAUGACAAGAUCCCAGAUGUCCGUCUCAAGUGUGUGUUAGGUCUUCAGGAUUUGUAUGGAGAUCCUGUGCUCCUCCCUAAACUAGACCUGUUCACCAGCCGCUUCAAGGAGCGGAUGAUUUCCAUGACCCUGGAUAAGGACAAUGAGGUGGCAGUGCAGUCAAUGAAACUUCUAGUUCUCAUCUCCAAAACAUGUGAUGAUGUGCUCAGUCCAGAGGACUACAAGCAGCUCCUGCAGUUUGUUUACUCUUCACAGCGCCCUCUUGCGGCCACUGCAGGGGAGCUGCUCUUCUCAAGGCUUCUCAACACUGUAGCCCCUGCAUCUGAUACUCAGGAUGAAAUAAGUGAGGAGGAGGCACAUAAACAACAAACAUUUGCCAGACUGAAGGCUCUGCUGCAGUUCUACCAGGAGUCUGAGCUGCACAAGCAUGUGGUGUACAUAGUGGACAGUCUGUGGGACUGUGGUGGAGCCCUGCUGAAGGACUGGCCUGCACUCACUUCUGUACUGCUGGAGGACCCUUCCUCACAUAGUCCAGGUCUCACUCUGGCAGAACAAGCUGUGCUUGUGGAGAUCCUGGUAGCAUCGGUGCGUCAGGCCUCAGAGGGACCAGCGCUGGCAGGACGGAGCGGAGCAAAGAAGGUGAUGAGUGCUCGGGAAAAGAAAAUACUGAUUGAUGAUUGUACUAAGCUAACCGAACAUCUCCUCAUUGUGCUUCCUAAGUUACUGUCUAAGUUCUCAAGUAGUUGUGACAUUGUCGCCUCCCUGAUGAAGAUUCCUCAGUACUUCCUCCCAGAGUGUCCCGAGGCUGAAAACACACAGGCAGUGUCCGACCUGAUCGCAGAGAUGGGAGCUGUUUUGGAGCUCCACUCAGGCCCCGCUGUUCUGGAGGCUGCAGCCCGCACCUACCUCAGUCUGUGUGGGGAGGAGACGGCCGGGUUCUCCGUGGCCCGGGCUGCCAGAGACUCUCUGGUCCAGUGCUGGGUGGACCAGCUGACAGCGCUGCUGGGAGACUCACUCGAGGGUGACAGUUUGUCUGCUGACGAGGAGAAAACUGGAGAAAUCUUAGCCACGCUGAAGAAACUCAGAGCCUUCCACAACUGCCACGACCUCGUCCGGUGGAACCUGUUUGAGCUGUUGUCUCCUCUGCUGUCAGUGGAGAGCAGCCAGGGAGGAGCACUGCCUGAGGUGCUGCUGGAAGUGCUGCAGUGUCUGUGUUACUCCAUGCUCUGGUCUCUCAACACCAGUAGUGAAACUCUAACCUCCAGAGAGAAAGCUGUGGCCCAGAGACUUCAGCUGCGGCUCUUCUGCGAGAGGGGUCAUCACUGUCUCUCCCACUCUGACCUCAGCGUGCGGCAGCAGGCUUUCCUGGGUAUCUGCGACAUUCUGACGGCUCAUUCCUACCAGCUCCACGUGUGGGAUCCCACGUCCUUCGGUCCACUGCUCUACACUCCCAGUCCCAAACUGCAGAGGGCGCUGUUGACCUUUGUAUGCAUGCACGUCUUUGUUGGACCAGACUGUGACAGCCAGAGCAGUGUCAGUGAAAACUCUGAAGUGGAGAGGCUGGAGGACCUUCACAAACGAAGAAAUCUGCUCGCGGCCUACUGCAAACUGAUAGUGCAUGGAGUGCUGGAGAUGAGCAUGGCGGCUGAGAUCUUCAUGUACUACAUGAAGUACUAUAACGACUUCGGAGACAUCAUCAAGGAGACGAUGUACAGGACCAGACAGAUAGAUAAGAUAGAGAGCGCUCGCACGCUGGUCCUCUGUUUGCAGCAGCUGUUUGUCCGUUUAAAGCGAGAGCAGGAGAGCGGCGGCAGGGCUCAGCCAGGAGUCCAGACCUUCACCAGCAUCAAAGAGCUCGCCAGGCGGUUCGCCCUCACCUUCGGGGACCUCGUCAAGUUUCGAGAAUGCGUCGUCAUGAUCCACAGGAACGGCAUAGAGUUUGUGUUCCAGGAGUUCAGUCAGACCCCAGAAACACCUACGCCGACGUACCUCUCCUACCUCACCAUCCUCAGUGAGUUCUCCAGCAAACUGCUCAAACCAGACAAGAAAACAGUGUUCUCCUACCUUCAGAAACAUAGUGCAGAGCACAUUAUUGACCUGAGGGAGGAGUGCUGGCAGCCACUUAUCUACUAUCGCGCUUCCCUAUUAGCUGUAGCUGAAGGGGAGGACGCCGUGUCCUAUGUUAGCUCUGACAGGAAGCCGUACCUGCCCAAUCGCUCUCCCUUCUCCAAACAAAAACUAGAAGGAAGCAAGUCCCCCUGCCCGUUCAGCCCUGCAGACUCCAAAGUUAGCAAAGCUCACAGGUCAGGCUUCAGUCCAAGCCAUCAGGAAAAGACGACUGAUACGGGUCCUUUUUCUGUCCCUGCGGAACCCCUUGCAAAAAGAUUGAAUAUAGACACAUCUGUGUUCAGCACAGGCAAUGAGGAUGAUGAUGACGACACCGUGGAAGUUGAACUGUAACAGUUUGGAGGUUGGGGAUGAUCGGUGCUUCUGUCUGGACAAUGAGACCUCACUGGACAACACAAACCUUUUAUUAUUUGUCUUUGCUGUUAGCAGACGUCUCAGUGUCCAUUUUUGUUCUGCUAAUACAGGUUUGCUGAAAAAAUACAGUAUAUUAUGUUUGUAUGAGGAUAUAGGAUAAGUCUGCGAUAUUCUAUUUUUAUUGUCAACAAAUCCCAUAAAAAGACCAAAAACAACAAGAAUUCAGCCCAAGCCUGAUACAUCUUUUCCUCUAAGCCGUAAACCUUAAUAUUAAAAACACAUGAGUGAGCCACACAGUUGCAUUGGGUGACAUUUUUCUACAUUAUAAAGAACAUGGGUGCUGUAGUUUACCUGAAUCAAUCCCACAUUCACUGUCCUGCUGCUAGAUUGACUAACUAGAGCACCAAAUAUGUAUUAAUUCGCAGCUGAAAAUAGUCCCCAACAAAUGCACUUUUAUUGCUGUUUGAGAUAAAAAACAAUCUAUUAUCACUUUUUAAAUAUUUUAUGUUUACUAAUGGAAACCAAUGUGUAUGGGUGCAUAAAGAACUAGUAAGUAUAAUGAGUAUUUUUAUGGGAUUUGUUAACAGUGAGAAAGAUAUAGAAUAACACUACCCUAAUUCUUCAAAUAAUGUCAAGUUUAUUUUAUUCAGACGGCUUUCAUUUGAGGACCAAGAGUAUCAGUAUGUGUUUUUACAUGUCUGUACUGUACUUGAAUGUUACAAGUGACACUAAAUGAUCCAUCUUUUAUUUUACCUUUUGAUCACACUCAGGUCCGAGAAUUGUCUAAUUAUCUCAGAGUACAUUAAGAAUUUUGCUUUAUUGUCCUGCGUGCCACUUUAUUAUUGCUCCUUAUAGGAAAUAGUUGGGUUAGUUUGCCAAAAACAACUUAUGUAUUACUGUACAUUAAUUGAAAUAAAAAAGCUGUAAUAUUUUUGUUGUU